UCACGGUAAGCCAUCUCGGUAUUUGGGGCCGCUGUGCUGGGCGUGCGUAAAUACGACAAUGCUCCACCACGCCGUCGGGAAGGAUCAUCAAACUUUGCAGCAUCUCAGAGCGUCUCAUAUCUUGUGGAGCGGCAGGUGAAGCACCGCGGUGAAGCGUCGAUAUCGACAGAACAUUGCAAGACCUGCAAAGCAUCCCGCGGCCCCAACACUCCGGCAUUUGUUAUUAGACAUGGCAGACUACACCGGCGGCUCGGAGCCCCUCGGCACCAUCCACCCGAACCAAGAGAAGCUCAUCAGCCAAAUCUCAGCCUUCCUGUCCGAGGUGGAGAACCUCACACCGGGCAAGUCCCUCGAGGACCACCUGAACAAGUCCUACGGCCCAGGCACGCCGCACUACGACACCCUCGCCAGCCUGAUCAAGUCCGGGCUCGAGGAGGGGUGGGUAGCCAACAUCCCCAUCGACGGGUCCCGCUACCGGCGCUCGCGCGUCUCGCCGCCGACAGAGGCGACCCGCUUCUGCUCGGUGACGACCGUCUACAUGGCCACCGUCGACGGCGAGGAGGACUUCAAGGGCCAGUACCACGCGCACCCGUACGGCGAGAUCAACUGCGUCGUGCCGAUCGACGAAGGGGCGCAGCUCGCGGGCCUGAACGGGUGGGUGGGCAAGGGCUGGACGAGCCCGCACCCUGGCAGCCACCAUUUUCCUCAGUGUCGCCGGGGUGGAGUCGUGGCGCUGUUCUUCCUGCCGGCCGGUAGGAUCAGCUACGACGCCAAGCCUGAGGAUGCGAUGCCUCCAGGUGCCUGA